GCCAGGCCGCCGCUGAACCGCGCCCUCAGUGCCGCACCCGCACGGCGGUGCCAGCCCCUCGAGAGAUGAGCGCUCCUGGCAGCCUCUUUUGGGAAGAAAUUGUUCCUCACUUCCAGCCUGAGCCUGCCCCGGUGCAGCCUGAGGACGUUUCCUCCUGCGCCGCUCCUUGGUGGGAGCAGAGACCAACUCCCGCCUGGCUGCGGCCUCCGUGCGGAGAGUCGGAGAGAGCAGUGAGGCUUCCUGGCGGCCUCCCCUGCUUCGGACUAAACAGCCUCAGGAACCUCGCGGAUCUGAGCCUGGAUGAGUUCCUUGCUGCCGGCUCGGAGUCAGAGGUUGAGGGUGAGUGGGAGGAGGAGGAGGCCCCCAGGCCCGGCAGGGGAGCUGCAGCACGGCGGCAGCAGAAUGGGAAGGCACCGAAGGGGAAGGUGAAGCAGCCGCUGCAGGCCACUCCGGCUGCCAGCAGGAGGAAGGGCAAGGCCUCUGAACACAAAGAUCAGCUCUCCAGGCUGAAGGAGAAGGAUCCUGAGUUUUAUAAGUUUCUGGAGGAAAACGAUCGCAAGUUGCUGGAUUUCGAUGCCUCGGACAGCUCUGAUGAGGAGGAGCCACUGCAUGUCCCACCUGAUAAGCUGGAGGAAGCAAGUGAUGAAGAUGAAGAGGAGGAGGAGGAAAGAGUCAAACAGAAGAAAGCUUCUUACAUCUCUGUGAGCUCGAAAAUGGUUGAAGGAUGGAAAGAGGCUGCAGAGAGAGGUUUAACACCAAAGCUUUUCCAUGAGAUCACUCAAGCCUUCAAAGCAGCUGUAGCAACCACCAAAGGAGAUGGUGGUGGAGCUGAUCCCAGCAAGUUCCAAGUCACUGAUGCUGCAGUGUUCAACGCCCUCGUGUCCUUCUGCAUCCGGGACCUCUUCCGCUACGUGCAGAAGCUUCUCUUCCCAAAGGCCCCCAAGAACAAACAGAAGAUGGUUCUGCCUUCCACCAGCCCACUUUGGAGCAAGCUGCGCCUGGAUGUAAAAGCUUACCUGAGCUCCACCAUAAGACUCCUGUCUUCUUUAACAGAAGCCUCAGUGGGAGCAGCAGUCCUUCAGCAUGUCAGCUGCAUCGUGCCUUAUUACCUGUCCUUCCCAAAGCAGUGCCGUGUCCUUCUCAAGCAAGCUAUCAGCCUGUGGAGCACAGGGGAGGAGACAGUCAGGGUGCUGGCCUUCCUGGUGCUGAACAAGAUCUGUCGCUACAAGAAGGACUUGUACCUCAGCCCCCUGCUCAAGCAAAUGUACAUUGCCUUUGUGAAGAACUCCAGAUUCACCUCUCCCAACGCCCUGCCCAUGAUCACCUUCAUGCAGCGCACGCUGGCGGAGAUGUACGCCCUGGACACGCAGACCUCCUACCAGCAUGCCUUCAUCUACAUCCGCCAGCUUGCCAUCCACCUGCGCAGUGCCAUGACCAUCAAGAAGAAGGAGAACUUCCAGUCUGUUUAUAACUGGCAGUACAUCCACUGCCUGUACUUCUGGUGUCGGGUCCUCAGCACCAUCUACCCCAGUGAGGUCAUGGAGCCCUUGAUCUACCCUUUGACACAGGUCAUCAUUGGCUGCAUCAAGCUGGUACCAACAACUCGCUUCUACCCUCUGCGCAUGCACUGCGUCCGUGCACUCACACUGCUGUCUGAGAACACCAGGACCUACAUCCCAGUGCUGCCCUUCAUCCUGGAGGUUUUCCAGCAAGUGGAUUUCAACAAGAGGCCAGGCCGUAUCAGUGCUAAGCCUAUCAACUUUGCAGUGAUCCUGAAGCUGUCCAAUGCCAACCUGCAGGAGAAGGCUUUCCGGGAUGGACUCAUUGAGCAGCUUUAUGACCUGCUGCUUGAGUACCUCCAGUGCCAAGCCUACAGCAUUGGAUUCCCAGAGCUGGUUCUCCCCACAGUCAUUCAGCUGAAAUCCUUCCUGAAGGCAUGCAAGGUUGCCAACUACUCCAAGCCCAUCCGCCAGCUGCUGGAGAAGCUGCAGGAGAACUCUGCCUACAUCUCCCGCAGGCGUCAGAAAGCUGCCUUCGGCGUGGCCAGCAGGGAGGCUGUGGAACAGUGGGAGAAGCAGGUCAGAGAGGAGGGGACACCUCUGAGCAAGUAUUACUCUCAGUGGAAGAAGCUAAGAGAGAAGGAGAUACAGCUGGAAAUCAGUGGCAAGGAAAGGCUCGAAGACUUGAACUUCCCAGAAAUAAAGCGCAGGAAGCACGACGAAAGGAAGGAGGAAGACAAGAAGGAAUUCAAGGACCUCUUUGAGCUGGACACUGACUCUGAGGAGGAGAAUGUUGGCUUCCCUGUGAAAGGUAAAGCCAAAGCCAAGCAGGCAUCAGAUGACAGCUCAGAAGCAAGCAGCGAGGAGUACGGGGAGGAUGACGAUGAUGAUGAUGAAGGGAAGUAUGAAGUGGAGGAGGAUGAGGAGGAACUGGAAGAAGGCAGUGACUCAGAAGAGGAAGCCGAGGAGGCUGCUGAGGCUUCCCAGGGGUCAAAGAAGCAGAGGAGCUGCCCUCGGGGGAUGUCACCCUCCGACCUCCAACAGCUAGCCCAAGGAGAAGAGGACCUCGUGGAGGAUUUGGCUUUCUCUGAUGAGGACUGAGCCACCCUCACAGCCCUGACAGAGCUGCAGGCAUCACCUCAGCACCUGGAGCUGGGUCUCAAAGAGGUGGUAAGAGCGAGCCGAGGGGCAGGGCGGGUGGCAGGCCAGCCCCAGGUGCCACCACCUUGCCAGUGACCCAGCAGAGAUGCUGCUGGGGAGCAUUUUCUGUCACUUCUGGGUUUGAGAGCAGUAAAACUGUGGUCGUGGCAAGGCCAGGCAAAGCUGCUCAGCACUGGUAAUAAAAAGCCCUCAUUAAAA